GACGAGGACUACAAAAUCACACCAGUUAAAGCCCCGGAUUCACUGUCCGCCAGAUAUGACCAGGAAAUGCUGCAGUUGCACCCGAAGGUGAUGAUGAAACACGCGCCAACCAAACAUGACAUCACACCCCGAACAAGGCUCAUAAUCACCGAACAAUCGUGAUAUUUUCGUGGCGACAAUAUCUGUUUGCUGCUCUCAUCGUUGAGACCUCGACAGUCGCUCAGCAGGAACAUCACUUACCAAGCGGAUUGAGUGCAAUAUGAGUCAAAAUCAGGUGACAGCUCCAGCCAUAUCGACCGUCGCUGCGAGGCUGCUCAAAUUCAGUCCUUCGGCUUGGUUGAAGUCAUGGCUUUUGUAUCUUGGGAUUCAGACACAUGUUGGAACAACAACCCAGCCUGAAAUGAAACCGCUUCACAACAUCUGCGAGUACCUGCACGCUCUCCAUAUCUACACGGAUGAAGCGCGUCGGGGUGAGGUGAGGACCGUGAGUGCACAUCAUUUCUGCUCUCAUGUGAGAAAAGAUCUUCGACAAUGCUUGAUCUACGACUCGUGCAAGCCAGAUGCUCGCCUCAUUGGUGUCGAGUUCAUGAUUCCAAAGGAGAAAUAUGAACAACUUGAUCCGGAAGAACAAAAAUACUGGCACUCCCAUGAAUUUGAAGUCAAAUCAGGCAUGCUCGUUCUCCCAUACCCAGAAUCACAUCGGCACCGCAAGGACGCUUGGGAUGAGCUCGAGACCAAGGCAAUGGAAGAAGUCGUCGGCUUGUAUGGCAAAUUGUAUCACUUUUGGGAAGUCGACAAGGGCCACGACUUGCCGUUAGGACCACCCAAACUGAUGGGCUCGUUGACCGGUUGGGAACAACUCAAUGUCGACAAGGCUAUGGCUCCGAGAAACCAGGAGCAAGGCAUCGAUCAAGCGAAGAAGCGGGAGUUGAGAGAGCACAUACCCUUGCCGGGCAUACCUCCCAAUGCUGAUAAUUGGUGGAAGGACGCACAGCUGAACAGGAGAGGUCUGUACGCUGCUUGAACCGAGAUUUGCGGCCAAGUGUCUAAAUACGGCGGUGCAAUGCCUGAGCAUGAAGAAGUGUUGAUUGGUAGAAUGGGAACACUGUGGAAUACCCAACUUCUGGCGGUCUAGUCAGAGGACUACCUAAGGUACCGGUAAGUCCUUCAAGGAUUUAAAUUGAAAUGACGUAGUUUUCUGUUACAUGUGCGGCCUCGUCCAU